AUGAAUUCGGCCACAGCGACAAGUAUAGAAACCUCGAAUGGUUCGGCCUCUAGACGCAGCCCCCACGACGUCACUCAGCAUCGCACCAACGGAACAGCCACAGCCACGACAGGGUCGCCAAAGAAGCCCGGGCAGAAAUACAGACAUGUCGCUGCGGUUCACAAACAAACAAGGCCGUCAUGUUUGAGUCACGAUUCCGAUGCUGCUCCUAGCUUUAUUGGGUUUCGCAACCUCAUGGUCAUUGUGCUUGUGGUCGGCAACUUGCGAUUGAUGAUUGAAAACAUCCAAAAGUAUGGUGUCCUAAUCUGCGUAAGGUGUCAUGAUUACAGUCGCCGAGACGUUUCUUUGGGCCUUCUCCUCUACUUCCUCAUCCCAUGCCAUCUUCUCGCUGCCUAUCUAAUUGAGCUGGCUGCUGCCCAGCAGGCGCGAGGAUCACUCAAGCGUAUCAACGAUGGUUCUUCUGGUGGUCCUUCGGAAAAUGAGCGCCAGAAGUUUCACAAGACUUGGGUCAUUGUUGCAUGGGCUCACCUUUUCAACAUCACUCUUGCUCUUGUCCUCACAACAUGGGUUGUCUACUUCAAGAUUUAUCACCCCCUUAUUGGUACCUUGACUGAGAUGCAUGCCAUUGCUGUCUGGCUCAAGACCGCAUCAUAUGCCUUCACAAAUCGUGAUUUGAGGCAUGCCUACCUACACCCUGUCGAAGGAGAACGCGAGCUAGUACCCGAGCUGUACACGCAAUGCCCGUAUCCGGAAAACAUCACAUUCAGCAACUUGGUUUAUUUCUGGUGGGCACCUACCCUCGUCUACCAGCCCGUGUAUCCUCGUACCGACAAGAUCAGAUGGGUCUUCGUGGCCAAGCGUAUUGGAGAAUUCUUUGGCCUCAGUGUGUUCAUGUGGGUUGCGAGUGCUCAGUACGCUGCACCUGUCCUUCGAAACUCGCUUGAUAAAAUUGCAUCUCUGGACCUCAUGUCCAUUUUAGAACGGCUGCUCAAGCUUUCCACCAUCUCCCUCGUCAUCUGGCUCGCUGGCUUCUUCGCGCUAUUCCAAUCGUUCCUCAAUGCCCUGGCUGAAGUCCUGAGGUUUGGUGAUAGGUCGUUCUAUGACGAUUGGUGGAACAGCGAGAGUCUGGGAGCAUACUGGCGCACGUGGAACAAGCCUGUUUACACGUACUUCAAGCGGCAUCUGUACAUGCCCAUGAUCGGGCGUGGCUGGAGUCCUCAGGCGGCCAGCUUCGUCGUCUUCCUCGUAUCAGCCAUCCUCCACGAGAUCCUUGUUGGUGUUCCUACGCAUAACAUCAUUGGUGUUGCUUUCUUGGGCAUGUUCCUCCAGCUUCCACUCAUCGCUCUUACUAAACCGCUUGAAAACAUGAAGCUUGGUCAUACUGGUAAAAUAGUCGGUAACACUAUUUUCUGGGUAUCAUUCACCAUAUUUGGACAACCAUUUGCAGCCUUAAUGUACUUCUAUGCUUGGCAAGCCAAGUAUGGAAGCGUCAGCAAGCAGAUGACAAUAGUCUCGACCUGA